AGAUGCCUCCUAUCACCAUCUCCUCUACCUGUGCAAGUCCCUAGCUCAGCAUUGUAAUAGAGAACCUUUCUGUAAGGUGGGUGGUGGCUAAAUGUGAUCUUCCCCCUCACAUAUGCCAGUGAGGGGAAGCAUGGGAUACAGCCCAUGGGAGCCUUCUACUCAUUUUCAUUGUAGUGCGUGCGCAUGCACACACCUUUCUGCAGCCUCAGGGUGGCUUGCAAAAUUUUGCUUCACUUUAGCUUAUUUUUUCUAACAUGUACAUGGUCUGGAAUGUUCUCCCGGGAUUUAUAUUUUACAAGGCACCAUUCCUUAUCCACUUGAUCUUAAAUCAAUACCAGCCACGUAUAGCCGAUCUUUCUACCUGAUAUACUUUUCCUAAAGGGAAAGAGGAGCUGCCACCAGUCUCCUUGCCAAAUUGAAUUGAGUGCUCAACAAAGUGUUCUGCUUUUGUUCAAACAGCAUCCCCAGCUUGGAGAAAUGUGUGUCAGUUGGGAGUGGCAAAGUAAUGGUGCCUAGUUGUAUUAUAUCCUCCAAGGAGGAUGUAACACAACAUGGCAGCAUCCAAAGUAGUCACAGUUUACUGCACAGGAGGUGAGCACCUUGCUGGGCAUUUCCAUGCAUUGCAGGUGAAAGGAAGUGUCGGGAAGAGAAAUGAAUGUGUGCUGCAGGCAGUGCUGCUGCUAUAGAUUCUCAUAAUGGGACUACUUUCUGAGUCACUAGCUUAGAAAGUCCCCUGCCCCUCAAUAUAUGUCGACUACAACAGCCCUAGGGUUUUUGGCACCCUAGGGGAAGUUUGACUUUGGCAUCCUCUCUCUGCCAGCCCAGAAGUGUGGAGCUCUGGCUUUAACUUGAGCCAUGCAAGCUGUUCAUUCGCUAGGACAGGAGAGAGGAGAGGAAAGCAAAGCAAUUGCUGUUCUCACCCACCCUCUUCACUCCCCCUCGGGGGGGGGGCGAGCAAAUGAGUACUCCCAGCCAGUCAGAUGUGUCAAUGGUUGCUUGGAGAGGGAAAGGAGGAAUGUAGCGCCCCACAAGAAUCUGCACCCUAGGCAACUGCCUAGGUCUGCCUAGUGGACAGGCAGCCCUGUAUGUAGAGCUCCUAGCAGCUUGGAAAGAUUCCCAUUUUCCUCUAGCUAGUUAAUGACCAUAAUUAAUUAAUUAACUAAUUCUAUCUACCUACCUACCUUCCCUAAGCUUCCCACCUCAAAAUGCUUUUUGAUAGCUGAAGGUGCUUUCUCCCAACAGAUGUGUGCUAGUGCUGAGAGAGCUGGAGAAAUGUGGGAAGCCAAUCACAAAAGUGUUAGGAGGGGAAAUAACUUGUACCGGUGAACAUUCUGUAGAUCUGGCCUGUACAUUAAAUGCAAGAAACACUGCCUUUUCAUUACUCAAAACAACUGUACUGAGAAGCCUUGGGAAUCGGGUUCUCUCCAUGAGCUUUUUCUUGUGGUUCAUCAGAGCUGUGUUGCAGUACUGGAAAAAUCUACCCAAAGGCAGUAAUUGGAGAGGAUCCGCACUUUUGGAAGUUCAGUGACUACAGUUAUAUUAUUAUUAUUAUUAUUAUUAUUACUAUCACAUUUAUAUCCCGCUCUUCCUCCAAGGAGCCCAGAGCGGUGUACUACAUACUUGAGUUUCUCCUCACAACAACCCUGUGAAGUAGGUUAGGCUGAGAGAGAAAUGACUGGCCUGAAUGGGGAUUUGAACUCGGGUCUCCCCGGUCCUAGUCCAGCGCUCUAACAACUACACCAUGCUGGCUCUGUGAUAAAAAUGUUUGCCAUCUGUCCCGUAUAUCCUCCUGGCUGGGAAGAUCCCUCUUCUGAGCUCUGGUGACCUUGGGAAUGUAGCAAAUGCCUAAGACUGAGCCUAGUGCUGAGUCAGUGGGAUGGAGGAUUACUGAAGGGAUUAUACCUAGUUUCCGAAAGAGGAGAACAGUGCAGGCUGAGAUGGAUGGAAAGAAAGAUAUAGGGAUGGUCUUCCACAGCAAAUUGUACCAAAAUAGUGUGAGUGCUUUCAGUGAAAAAGAAGCAAAAUGGGAGAUUUCGUGUAGAAAGCAUGACUGCACUCCAUUCACUGUUGUUCUUGUUUUGGAAAACGCAAACUGGAAGGGGAUGCAGAGCAUAUUUCUUUGUUACAGUUCAGCGUUAUUGUGGGUGAAUUAUAGACAGUAUUACAUACUGUUGACAAAAUCAGAGGACGAAAAUGAAGGGGAGGGAGGAGCAUGCAUUAAAUCAGUUUUGUUAGUACAUUAAACAUAGGAAGAGAUGCAUACUUUCCAUUUAAAGUAAUGCAUCUGAAAUAAAUUCAGAUGUUACGGUGCUCUUCAGUUAUUCAGGAUGACUGUACUUAUUUGGCUGCCGGAAACCUGGUAAAAUGCAUUGGCUGGUUGUAAUGUGUUUUCCCCAUGAGGUUUACCAUCCUCUUCAGCAAUCAGUAUUAGAUUACUACCUACUAUUCUUCACUUAAUGUUUUUCAAUGUUUCUUCGUUGCCCUUAUUCAAUAUAGUGAAUUAUAUCUUCCCAGUGUCUGUCCCCCUUAUUCUUAACCCCAGAAAAUCUCUCUGUUUUUAAGCAGACAUAAACGUUAAAAAUAAAACAUGUUUCUGCAAGCUCUUUUAUAGGAAAAUCGGAUCUUUAUGGAAGGUGCAUUAUGCAGAUAAAAGAGUAUUGGAUUUACCUUUAUAUCUUUCUUCACAGUGGAAGGAAAGUAUAUCCUCUUUAUGGGUUUUACCUCCCACUUGCUUCAUGGAAGCCGACUGCACCGAGUAAAUUACUAGGUUGCCCAUAAGCCUGUGUGAUGUAGUAACACCCCCAGUUCUGAGACACAUGCAGCUUUGAGAAAAAAUGAUGGCAGUGAAAGCCAAAUAUAAUGAAAGACAACAGAAUGGGAACAGGUAGAGGAAGAAGGAUGGAAGCCCAAGGAAUUAGGUGACACUUUGAAAAGAUCCCGGGAGUUGAACCACCCCCCAUGGUUCCCAUAAAAUAAACCAAAAAUUGGAGUACAGGAUUUGUGGACAUAGAAAAGCAACUAUGCAUGAGGAUAUCUGCCCUGGAAAUUGCCACCUGUGAGCAAAAAUGAUUCUGAUAUCUGUCUUCUGCAUCGAAUGUACAGAAAUCAAAAUCGCCAUGGGUCGGAUACCCUCCAUCCACUGUGGAGAAAGAACCAAUUACAGUAAGUUCAAUGUUCUUUUCAGAACAUAUCAGAUCAGUGAAAAAUGUAGAGGCAGGAAGUGGUUAAGUAUCCAUUACAUGCUCUAAGAUGUAGCACCCAAAACUGGUAUUAGCAAAAGUGACUACUUGGGACAAGGCAGUAUAUGCGGCUAUGUAUUCCCAACCAGGUAGAUAAAUGGAUGAGAAUUUGCACCUUAACAGUGGGUAGGAAAUUGGGCGCAUUUUGGAUUAUAUGUAUCGGUAUUCUCCCUGUGUUGAUUUCUACCCCUGCUUGCUUGGGCUUACUUGUACAAGACAACAUUUGAUUUACAUGUAGAAGACAGAUAUCGGAAUCAUUCUUUUUUCUCACAGGUGGCAACUUCCAGGGAAAUUAUCCACAUACAUGGUUGCUUUUCUAUGUCCACAAAUCCUGUACUUGGAUUGUUUAAUUUCAGAUGGACAAAGGGAGACUUGCCACUACUCAAUGUUGCCAUAUUAGGAAAGGAUAGUAUUUACUGUAUUGGGAAAGGCCAGCUCCUGGGUUCUCUUGCAUUCUGAUGUCACAGUCUAGCGUGACUAAGAAAUGAAACCAAAGGUGGAGCUAUGCAGAUGAAAGGUGGCUCUGUUCAGUGGCUCUCAUUGAGAUCUAGGGGGCAAAGUGAACAUGCAGGUUUGUUCCCCCCACUCCCCGAAACUGAGAUGGCUGGAGGCAGAGGACAAAUUUAGUGCCUUUCCUAAUGUUCUCCCUAAGCAUAACCCCUGGUUUUCUUCUGUGUGAGCAAAUGGCUGCCAACUUACUCCUAUGUGAAAACAUAAAGCACCAUGGAAGGAUAGUGCUAUGGGAGCAACCCUUCUCUCUGUUCCUGAUACUGGAUGGGACCCCAUUAAGGGGGAGUAUGUCUGGGUGAAUCGAGAUACAUUGCAGCCUUCUCCCUCUAAAGUUUUUUAGAAUGCACAGGACAGGUCCUUUCCUCACAUCAGAUGCAAUGAUGUAGAGGUUGCCUGUUUCAAGCAGAGCUAGAUCCACAAUUGACCCAACAUAUGCUCUGCACAGGGCUGACAAGUGGCCUAUGCCCACACACCACUGGCCUCUGCGGCGCCCACUCACUCAAAGCCCAUCCCAGUGACAACAGGCAUAGGGGCAUAGCCUACAAACAGGGAAACUGGCAAUGACUGCAGAGGCCAACGGUGAGUGAGCAGCUGCCAGACAAUCUAGCUUCAGGCUGCUGCCAACUUCCCUACUCCACAGGUUGCAAGCAUGCACAGACAUGUAUCUGUGUGUAUGCACAAUAACCUACAAAGUGUGAUUUCUAACAGUAAUUUGUAUGUAAUGUUGUUACAAACUCACCAAUUUUCAUAAAACAGAUCAAGCCUCUGUCUUAAUUUACCUGGAUGUAAAUUGUUGUUCUUGACAUUGUUAUAUAGUUCCAUAAAUUGUCAAACUAUUCAUUGUACAGUGGUACCUUGUUUCCAGUAUUUUGCAUGUAAUAUUGUAGCUGCUUAGUCAUAAGUAACUUUCUUUGUGUUGAGAUCUUAAGCAAACAAAAUCUGUGCUGGUCAACCAAAACGACAAAAAUGUAAAAGUCCAAUAUCCAACUAAUUUGACUUCUGCCCAGUGUGUUUUGCUUUCACGCAGGUGGAUGAAAGCACCAUUUUGUGAUUGGCACUUCCAGCAUAUUGAGCUACGAUUUAUAUUUUGUUUGUUUUUGUUACGUAUUGCAUACCCUUGGAUUGAUCCAAAACUAUUCUCCUUCACAGUUGUGCAUAUUUAAAAAGAGUGAGGCUUUUCUCCCUAGCAGCCAAUCCCGUGCUUGGCUGCCCGUGAGAAUUGCUGGAAUCCUGGCAGCGCUGCAGCACUAAACCCAGCGCUGAAGUCCCACUCUUAGCCAAGGUUAAGGACUUAAAUGCACCCUUAACCCAGCUCCCAGGUUCGUGUUGCAGAGACAGGCACCUAGAGCACCUGUGCACUGUGGGAUUCUCGGAGGCCUCUGGGUAUCCCACUGUGGGAUACUCAUCCUCACUGCUCUUGGCAGUGCUGGUUAUGUGGGCGCAUGGCUUACGCGCUGCAAGGACUCAGAGCAGUCGUUUGGAAGAAGAUAGGUUGAUUCCUGCCUUCCUUCCCUGCCCGCCCGUGUGGUUGUGUGAUUAAUAGCUUUGGUGACUUUCCUUACAAAGGAAUUCCCUAGGUUCAAAAACUAUUGGGAUACUUAGCUCAGAAUAAUGUUAUCCUGCAUGAUUUGACUUGUUCUCACUCACCUUUUGGUGUUUAGCAAUAGUUUAUAUAUUGCACAAAGUCUCUGUUCUUAUUUACAAAACUAUGCAUUGGUCAAAUUCAGGUUGGUUUCCUCCUGCCCCAAUAUGUUAUAAUCUGUCAACUGUGUUGAUCAACAGCAAAUUUCUUGCAAGCAUUCAGACAUUGUGGGCCUCUAGUGGAUGUUUUAUUCUUACUUAUUUUCUGAGGCAAAACAUUCUUAAUAAUCAGAUUCCCAUUUCCUGCAGGCUACAUACUUUCCAUAACUCAGAGUUGCCCAGCUUGUUACUUCCUUAGUUGUGAGAUGUUGCGGGGUGGGAGGUGAGUCAGGUAGCAAAACAAAAAAAAACCCAAAGGGGUGAAAUGUUUGGAAGGGGGAAGGAAGCAAUAAGCAGAUCCCAGUGGAGAAGUGACACAGCUAAGUCUAAGAACACUGGCUGUGAUGAAAGGAGCUGAGAGUAUGGAACUUGCAUCUGCAGAGCACCCAGCUCACAAAACAGUAACAGGAGGAUAUCUGGAACAUUCUUUUUGCAGAGACCGUCUGUGUGAUUUUGGCAGCAUCUUUGGGGUUGGUGCAGUUGUGAAAAUAGACACAUAUCCACUAAGAGGUAUGCUGGACUAAAUUAAUUUGGCUGGAGGUGUGUGUGUGUUGUGUGUGUGUGAGUGUGUAACUGGGACUGAUUGGUAGCAAAUUGUUUUGUUUAUGCAUUUUCUGUUGAUUAUCCUCUGUUUCAAAGACUAGUUAGCCAUAUUUAUUUCAGUUGUUUUUGUUGCAAGGUUGGAUGGAGGCUUUGUUUAAAACUUCCCUGCAAUCUUGAGCAUGACUGCUCUCCUGCUUCUCCUUUCAUCCAGUUUAAUUUGUAGAUUUGAGGUUGUUAUACCUGCCUGUCACAAUGGCAGACAUUUUGCUAGUAGUUAGAAGAAUGGCUAAACAUAAACAGCUUUGCUCUUCUAAUGGCAUGAAUUUUUGGUUGGGGCAAACGAUACCACAGUUCUGUCAGAUGCUUGUAUUUUGUAAGGAUGUGUUUAUAACGAUUACAAAAUGAAUGGCAGACAAACAGCGUGUUAUUUUGAGCUCAGUAGGCUAGGGUGAUUUUCAGCCCUAAUAAGGAGGAGAUGCAGAAAGAGGUUUAAAAUAAAGCUGCUUUCAAUAACCUCCUUGAUAAAUCUUCUGUAUGUUGUCUCUGCUUUGUGAAGUCGGGAAGCUUGACAUUGGAGAACUGAGGUCCUUAGAUAAUACCCAGCACCGCUGAUCUAACCAGUUUCCAAUCUGAUAAUCCAAGCAUAGUAUUCUAGCUCUGGCUCUGGAUUUGGAUUUGUUGUUGGAAACUUGGCCACUAAGCACCAGAAUCUCAUUUUCAGAUCUGCUACAAAUUGCCAUCCUAGCCUCUAAAGGGGCUAAUGCCUCACCUCCCUGGAGAACGGUUGUGCCUGGCCUUCCUGUCCACGUGGGGUUUGCAGCUUUAUACAUUGGGUUAGGUGGAAUCAUUUUUACUGCUCCUGGAAAUCUCUUCCCAUUUGCUUUUGGGGGCAUUUGGAACACUGGCAGGUCACAGAUGAGCAGCUCUGAAACUCCAAAAAUGCUCUCGGUUUCCCAGAUUUCAGUGAAGAAUGCCAUGCCCUCUCAAACUCAUGUCAUCUACAAGAAGAUCUCUCGUGACAAAGCUGUUACUAUUUAUCUGGGAAAGCGAGACUUCAUUGACCAUGUCGAUAAUGUGGAACAUGUAGAUGGUGUGGUAUUGGUCGAUCCUGAUAUUGUCAAGGAGAAAAAAGUGUACGUGACCCUCACUUGUGCUUUUCGGUAUGGGCAAGAAGAUAUCGAUAUCAUGGGGCUGACUUUCCGGAAGGACCUGUAUUUCUCCAGGAUACAAGUGUACCCAUCACUAGAAAAGCAAGGACCACUUUCCAGCUUGCAGGAAUGUCUGCUGAACAAGCUGGGACGAAAUGCAUAUCCCUUUGUUUUAACAUUUCCAGACUUCCUGCCUUGCUCAGUCUCCCUACAGCCAGCGCCCCGUGAUGUCGGGAAGUGCUGUGGGGUGGAUUUUGAGGUCAAAGCUUUCUCUACAGAAAAUGCGGAAGAGAACAUUCUCAAGAGGAACUCCGUACGUCUGCUGAUCCGCAAAGUGCAGCAUGCCCCAGAAGUGCCAGGACCCCAGCCUCAAGCUGAGACUACAUGGCAGUUUUUCCUGUCAAAGAAACCAUUGCACUUGAAGGCAUGCCUCAGCAAAGAGGUGUUUUACCAUGGUGAACAAAUCCCUGUCACAGUGACUGUGAUCAACAAUACAGAAAAAGUGGUUAAGAAGAUCAGCGUGUCAGUGGAGCAAGUUGCUAAUGUGGUACUGUACUCCAGUGAUUUCUACACAAAGACAGUAGCUCUGGAAGAGAUCGAGGAAAAGGUACAGCCAAACUGCAUCCUCACAAAGACAAUGACAGUUCUGCCCUUGCUGUCAAACAAUCGAGAGAAACGGGGCAUAGCACUGGAUGGGAAACUGAAAGAUGAAGAUACCAACUUGGCUUCCAGUACUAUUAUUAAAGAUGGGAUAGACAAGACAGUUUUGGGGAUCCUGGUUGCUUACAAGAUAAAAGUGAAGCUCACUGUCUCAGGCCUGCUGGGAGAUUUCACCUCCAGUUGUCAUGGAUUCUCUCCUCUUCCUCCCCAAAGUGAGGUGGGCAUGGAACUGCCCUUCCGUCUCAUGCACCCCAAGCCAAAGAAAGAAAACACAACAGUGACCAUGAUGACCUAGUAUUUGAAGAGUUUGCUCGGCAGCGGCUGAAAGAUGAGAUCUCUGAGGAGGAUAAUCAGAAUCAGGCUGGCUCUUCAGUAGAUGAGUGACAGACAAAAGGGCGCAGGAAGUUGCACAGUAGGAAGUAGCUGUAUUAAACUGCAAGUUAAACAAAAAAGUUAAGUGACUUUUUAAAAAGAAUAAAUAUAUAGAAGUGGUGUUGGGUUUUAUUGCAUGCUGCCUCGCUAGAAACAUCUAGCUGUGAUGUGAAGAGUGAAUUCAAUUUCAUUAUUUAGAAAUGUUUUGCAUGAUAAUUUCAGGUCCAUAAAGUCUAUAGACAGAACACAAGGAGUGGCUUCACACAACCACUACCAGGUUGUUAAGUCCAGGGGCGUAACUAUAAUAGGGCAAGGGGAGACAGUUGUCUGGGGGCCCACUACCUUGGGGGCCCCCCCCCGAGGCAAGUCACAUGACUAACUCCACCAGCCAUGCACCCGCCCGGGCUUCCUUCAGUUGUAUUCAUCCUCCGAAAUUGAUGUGAGUGUUAAGACCUGGAGCUACCAGAACAGCAUGUCUUUCUCUAGUACCAUUAAAUGAUUUGCAUUGUCCACAAUUUACAAAACUUUUUAAAAAAUAAUUUGGGGUGAUGUUCUAUUGGUUAUAUGUGCAAAAAGCAUGCACACACAUAUAACACUAUGCUUUUUGUUACCACUAUUCAGCCUCAUUUAAGAUUUCUUUACUUCAUGAGCAGAGCUUCAGUGAGCGGGGGGCUAUUUUAAAAUCUUGUCUCUGGGCCCACUACAACCUUGCAACCUUGCUAUGCCCCUGGAUAAGUCGGUAACUGGAGGUUUCUGAGCAGUAUGCAGUCCCAUCGGGCAUGACAUCUGAACCCACCCAAGUCUGGUAUGUGGCCAGAGUUACCAACUUCUGCCUGAGAUCUGUAAUUGGGGGUUGAAGUUAGCUUGAUAAAGUUGGUAAUGCCAGCUGCAACCGGGACUUGAGCAGGUUCAGACGUCACAUUACAUCCGAUGGGAGUGUGCACUCCCUGGAAAUCACUGGUUCCCACCUUACCGACUUGGCAGAAGUUGUGUGAAGCCUCCCAGGGAAUGCCUCCCAUGUGAUUAUAAAUUUCCUUCCAUCCCAAUCGUAUUUUGCUUGACUUUGGGGGAAAAAAAUGCUAUAAACCAUUCCUAGAGUUGCUUUGCUUGUUACAUUGGUGUAUUUUCACAUACAAUGUUUUGUGUGCACAUGUAAAACUGUAACAUACGUACUCAGCAAGCAUAUGUUUGCAAUCAUGUGUAUCAUACAGGUAAAUGUGGCAGGGAGCCAACAGCUCCCUCCUGCAUGUACGUACAGUGGCAAAUUCAUAUUUGCUGCCACAUAACUUGUGAUGCAACAGUUCUGGGCCUUGUGCCCAGUCAUCUUCUAUGUAGCAGAAGAAUGGAAUAUUUUACUUUGAUCUAAAUGUCUCUGUUAAAGAAUCUAGAGUGUCUGUGCUGAUGGUGUGGGGGCAGUCUGAGUGAGGCAGACGUGUCCUUUUGAAGCCUUAAAACCCGAUUUGGCUUGGAGCAGGUGAGAGAGAAGAAAAGCAGACUGCUUUCGCUCCAUGAUGUCUGACUAGUAGGAUGAUGAUGUUUAAUCCAAAUGUAGAGCAAUGACUAAAGAACUGUGAAAUAAAACAGGAGGAAAGUACAACUGUUGUCCAGAAAUAAUCUUCACAGAGACAAAAGAGCAGUCGGAUCUACUUCAUGUGGCUGCCAAGGAAUCAGACUCUGUAAAAAAAAAAAAAAAAAACUAAAAAAAAAACUGCUAUGAAUAUAGUCAUUCGGUUACUCUUAAUGGUGUUUCACAACAGACAUAACAUUGGACGUACAUACAGGUGUCUAUACACAUGUACAUGUUUUUGUCUGAAUGACACUGCAUGUGUUCAUUUAAAAAGUAAACCUCGGUACAGCCUCGCUUACAUGCAGGAUACAGAUAGGAAGUGUACUGCUGUACAAGCAUUGAACAUCAUGUGUGAAUAACGAUGCAUGCACAGUUCUGUAUGCACAUAGAUUGUACACAGAAGCCCUCUUUAGAUGUUAAGAAAGGGGAUGUUGUACAGAAGUACAGCACCCUGAGAGGGCACCUGCAAGCCUUGCCCUGGCGCUGAUGUGCUCUGAAGCCUCACCUAUUUGCUAUCCACAUUACAGCAUUUGAAGAGAGAAACAAUACAAAUUUAAUAUUUUUAAAAAGAAAAAAUGCUAUAAAAUACAACUUAAAUGAUUUUAAUGUGUUUUUCUGAAUAGUCAAUUCACCUGUAGGGGUUGGGUGUGUAUGUCAAAGAGUGAUACUGUAAAGGAUGUGUAUUUGUAGGAGGAAUAGUUACUGGGAGUUUGUGCAAAGACUGAGAUUACUGAGCGUUUUCUAGUUGGAGUUCGCUGGGACUAGGUGUAACCUGGGGCAAACUUAGUUGGGGCAAACUGUACAAGUUAUUCUCCAGGGAUUUGCUGCCUGUUGAAGGGGUGUUUAUUUGCUUCCAAUAUGCUUUGCUUGCUUGUAUAUUUGUAAAUAAAGUAAAUAUUAUAACGAUACAA